AUGAGUCUUUGGCAACUUGAGAGUUCUUGUUGGAGUUGGGUCUGGAAUUUCAAUUCUCUCUCGAGCGCAACAACAGAUGUCAGAAUAACAUUCCCCACUGUCCUUCUUGCCACCAUAAACUGUGUAUUGACCGAACUUGCAUUUGCAGGAAGACCGGUCACUACAAGGUUCACAGUUGAAAUAGUUGUACUCAUACCUGGUGAGUACGAGUGUGAGUAA